AUGAUUGCUCCCUGCCUUGCCGGUAACCUCGUGGGAACCAUCAUGAACCAGCUCUUUCCAUCGGUGGUCAUCAUGGUAUUGCUGCUGCUCUUGGUUAGCUGCACCUUCUCGACUUCUGCACGGCGAGCCCUGAACAUGUGGCAUGCAGAGAACGAGUCACGCUGUGCCCUUCAAGCAUCCCGUGCAGUGCCAGCAGAUACCUCUAGGGCCGACCCAUCGGUCAUCGGCAAGGAAACAGCGAGCACAGCUCCGAACGAGGAGGCCUCGAUUUCCUCUGCGGCGCAUGAAACCGAGGAGGAGGAUCCACCCUACACGCAAGUGUCCUUCUUUUCUGACAGCAGCAUGAAAGACACCAGCCAGACGUUGACGAGGAGACGAAAUCCCACCAUCCUACCGCUCUCGGCCUCCGGCACAACACCGGGCCAAGAGGCAGACGCGACUUCGAACGAAUCUUCAGCACUGUCUGAGACCGUUUAUACAUGGGGCAAAUUUGUUCUGGUCUGGCUAUGCAUGAUCCUGAUCGUCGCGUUACGUGGUGGGCAUGGUCAUUCCAUCGUGUCGAUCAGCAGUUGCUCAUGGGAGUACUGGCUCGUCACCGGCAUCGGAUUUCUGGUGCUCAUCCUCUUUGGGGCGUUAGCACAAAGACCAGAGGCUCCAUGGUAUAUGUGCCUCGUUGUGGGAGCCCUGAGUGCCGUCGUCGGCAUUGGCGGAGCGAUCGUCCUAAACCCGAUGAUGGUGAAGAGGGGCAUCGAGGUGCCUGCUGCCACUGCCACAGCAUCGUUGAUGGUGCUGGUCAUGAGCUCGUGCAGUACCUCGCUCUUCGUUCUGGGUGGCUUCGUGCCGCUGCUGCCGGCAGUUACAUUCGGCAUCGCAUCCUUCCUGGGAUCUUUGUGUGGAAAGACGGUGGUGAGCGUUCUCGUCAGCUGGACCGGUCGAACGUCCUUGCUGGUCAUCCUGCUUUCAAUCUUUAUCGCGGUGUCCGGCGUCACGGUGUUCUGCCAGGGCGUGCUGCAAACCGUUGAAGACUUCCGCAAAGGCGAAAACCCGCUUACUGACUGGCAUCUGCCCUGUUAA